GAGUACUACAAAUUAUAACGAAUAUGCUUAGACAUUCAUUAGGAUCUCUUUCCAGGUCCUUUGUUGCUAGACCUUUGGUAGCUAGAUCCAUGGCUCCUUUGGUUUCCCCCAUUCUUUACCGUUCUUUCCAUGUCUCUCGUAUGAGAUGGAAUGAAUCUCCAAAGACUCCAAAGAAAGAUUCAGAAGAAUCUUCCACCGGAUCCACUACACCAUCUACUUCCUCAAGUACACCUCCCCCAACAAAGAGACAACUUAGUAGAGUUGCCAUAGGUUCCAGUAGCCCUGCUAAACAAUAUGCCAAACGUAACUCUAUUGAAUUUGCAUCAUGGAAGGCAAUUGUUUUAUUUGUUGCUCUUGGUAGUGCCUUGACCUACUGGUUCACUAGAGAAAAGGAAAGAUUAAGACUUCAAAAAGAAGUUGAAUCCAAGAGAUCAUACGGUAAACCAUUGAUUGGUGGUCCAUUCAAUUUGAUCGAUACUAACAAUGAACAAUUCACUCACAAGAACUUGAUCAAUGACAACAAAAAGUUUUCCAUCAUUUACUUUGGUUUCACCCAUUGUCCUGACAUCUGUCCGGAUGAACUUGACAAACUUGGAGAAAUGUUGGACGAAUUGAAAGAAGAUAACAUUGAAUUGCAAUCCAUUUUCAUCACUUGUGACCCAGCUAGAGACUCUCCAGAAGUCAUUAAGGAAUAUUUGACUGACUUCCAUCCUUCCAUCAUUGGUUUGACCGGUACUUACGAAAACGUCAAGAAGGCUUGUAAGCAGUACAGGGUCUAUUUCUCCACUCCUGCAGAUGUCAAGCCAGGUCAAGACUACUUGGUUGACCAUUCUAUCUUCUUCUACUUGAUGGACGCCGAGGGCAACUUUGUAGAUGUCAUUGGUAAGGAAACUACUGCUCCUGAAGGUGCUGAAAAAAUUAGAAAGCAUAUCGAUGCCUUCGUUCCUGCUGAAGAAAGAGAAAGAAGAAAGAAUUCAUGGCUCGGAUUCCUUUACCAAUAAGGAGGAGAAAAGUUGUGAUAUUUUCUGAACUAGAUCUUAUCUUUCAAAUCACUUUAGUAAGAAAUCACUUGUACAUAGAAAGACUUACAUAUUAUGGAAAAAGCCAAUAUACAUACAUACAUAUAUAC